UGUCCCGCUUGUCACAGGUAUUGGAAAAUGGACAAAUGAUAGAUUACAACACACUAAAAAGUAAAUACAAUCUCCCAUCCACAGCCUUCUUCUCAUAUCUGCAAAUUAAGUCGUGGAUAAACAAAUAUCACGACAACAAACAGACUCAGGGAAAUACGCUCACAGAGAUAGAACUGCUAUGUAUGGCAAAGAAACCACCACAACAACUACUGUCCACCCUAUAUGGCUUGAUCGGACAAAGCGACCACACAGAAAAACUUACAUUUAUAAAAACAUGGGAAAAAGAAAUUGACCAAAAUACUAACACCUGA